GUGUCACUCAUUUCUGUGAGGAUCUGUCUUUGCACAUGUGAACUGUACAAAUGAAAGCGUUCACAAAUACCAUCUGCACCUCUCCAACAUCUGGAAGAAACCUGAGCACAGGAUAAGGAGUGAACUGCUUCAGUUUUUACAUUUUGAUUCCUUCUGUGUGGUAUUGAAUAUUAUUAUUACAGCUGUUACUGAAAGAUUUCUGAAGCACUGACCGACAUUUCUAUCAAGAAUGAAGGAAGUGGAGAAAAAGCGUCCUGUGAUCGCAGCGAGACAAAAAGGGCCUGGACCAGGGCGCUACGGACUUCCUCCCACGAUUGGAUUUAUUGGCCACGAUUUCACCAAGCCAACAAGUCCUGCCUACUCUUUCCAUGGUGCAACAAAAAACAUAUAUGCUGUUGACUCCAGUCCAGGACCUCAGUACAGUGUUGACGCAAAAAUCACACGAUUUGGAAAGGAAGGAACACCCGCAUACUCAAUAUUUGGUAAAAUCAAAGAACGCAAGGGAGUAUUCAACACACCUGGACCAGGCACGUACAGUCCAGAGAAAACCCCACCCUGUAGCCUCCAGUCCAGGGCCCCGUCCUACACAAUGGGCUCUCGCACCAACUACCGGCCUGUUGACGCUGUACCCCCACCAAACAUGUACACUCUCCCUCCACUCCUGGGCUCUAAAGUCCCAAACAAGACAUCCAGUGCGAGUUACACAAUUUCAGGAGUUCGCAGCAGGGGACAAGCUCAAGAUAUUUCCAAGACUCCAGGCCCAUGUGGGUACAACAGUACAGACCCAAAUGUGUAUUUAACCAAACAACCAGCCUUCUCCAUGCUGGGUCGCCAUUCCUUAGACAGGGAUAACAAGGGACCCGGUCCUGCAACUUACCACCCUGAGAAAGUGACUGUCCACAAGAGCAGGACCCCGGCCUUCUCCAUGGGAAUCAGACACUCGGAAUACAUUGCUCCACUAAUUGUGGAUGUUGCUGAUUGCACACCAACUACUCGCACAAGCAAUUACAGAAGCACAAUUUCUUAA